AUGGAUCUGGUGAUCGGGUAUAGUUGUAGCAAGGAAGAAUUUAGGUGUGACAACUUGCAGUGUGUUAAAAGUAUACAGAAAUGUGAUGGCCAGUCACACUGUGUUGACGGAUCGGACGAGAGCAGCUGCAGAUGUCUGAACAGUCAGUUUUCGUGUUCAUCAGGUGAAUGCCUGUCCCCAGAGAAACUACGAGAUGGCGAAAAGAACUGCCAAGAUGGAGAAGAUGAAAAGGAAGGACAGGAAAACCCGAAGAAUGAAUUUCUCUGCUUUGAUGGAGAGUCAAUCUCUUGGUCGCAAACCUGCAAGAAAGCAGAAGGAUGUCAUGAUGGUACCCAUCUUCCUUCCAUAUGUGGAAAGACGGAAUGUCCUCUGAAUGACUUAUCUUGCUCAAAAGAAAGAGGAAGCAGAACUGAAGACAAGGAAAACACUUGCCAGAUUCCUUUUCGAGGACCAUGCGAUUUCCAAAAUGGAUUAUGUGGAUUACGGAAUGAUGUCAACAGUGAAUUUCAGUGGACAACCGACAUGGGACAGGCACCUUCAGAAAACACGGGACCUUCCUUUGACCAUACGACUUUAUCAAACCGAGGUCGUUAUCUAUAUAUUGAAGCGUCCAACAGAAAAGUUGGCGACAAGGCCAGAUUACAAAGUGGCUGGUUUAUAAACACACAAGAGCUUUGUCUACAGUUCUGGUACCAUAUGUUUGGAAAAGAUGUAGGAUCUCUGAACAUUUACAUACAAAGAAAUGCAAGUGGGUCUGAAACAAAGGUGUGGAGUCAAAAGGGGCACAUGGGAGACAACUGGAUAUUUGCACAAGUUCCUAUGAAUCCAAGACAUCAUGAAAAGCAAUUUCAGUUUGUCAUAGAAGGCGUCAUAGAGGGCGGAAGUUCAGGAGAUAUAGCUAUUGAUGACGUCACUGUUCUGGAUGGGAACUGCUCUAAGAUCGUCAAACAGGAAAGCCCGGACUGUUACUUUGAAGAUGGAUCAUGUGGUUGGGCUGAUGAGGAAGACUGGGAGACAAAGAUUUUUAAAGAAAAUAGACAUCCUCUUUACUUUAAAACGGAAAACGCAUACCCAAUCAGCAAAACGUUGACGACCAAACUCCUUCAGCGAGAACAUGGAUGGCAGUGUUUAAGAUUCUGGUAUUUAACUGGCGAAGAAGAAAGAUCGCAUUUUAACGACGAGUUUGUUGAACUGAAGGUCUCGAUUCAUCAUCCUGAAAACAAUAGUGACGUCAUAACCCUGUGGUCCACGGCUUAUAGAUCAAACCGCUGGGUGUAUGUACAGCUUCCUCUCAUCCAAAACUUCACUUCUUUUAAGGUCUUGUUUGAAGGAACUUUACAGUCUCCCGAACGAAUUUUGCUAGGACUGGAUGACAUAUCUUUUUCCAAAGAAACCUGCAGCGUCAUUCCAAACGACGGUCUAAAAGGUAAAUUGCUAAAAUCAACGAUAAGGCAUUUCACUUUCUCUUUAAUUAGUUUGGGAAUACCUCUGUCAGUCCUUCUUUCGCUUUCUUUCCUUCUCUACAUUUAUCAAUUAGUGAGAGAUAUUUGCCUGUGGAAAACAGAAAGUGGACAAUGCUGUGCUUUUCCCUUCUCUUAUGGUAACGACACCCACUCAUCUUGCAUCACGACACCAGACAGGCCAAAACCAUGGUGCUCUUUAAACUGGGUUUACGACUUAGAAUACGUGGAAUGGGGCUACUGCAAAGAUUAUUGUGGACUUGAUCGAGAGCUGUGUAGGUGGGAAGUUGAAGAUGGUGACACUACCUGGCAAAUCGUCAGUCAGGAGCAAGCCAAGAACUUGAAAAAACAAUUCACAUCAGUGUCGACUGCCAAAGAUGAGUCAUAUCAGGAAAAAAGUGAUUUUCAAGUUAUCCUGCCACAAUCUAUAUUUGGAAACAUCACAGUGCAUGAAGUUGCCAUAGAAAAUGACCUGAAAGCCGUCACUGCUUGCGCUUGGGUUCAAACAAAUGUAUCCACGGUAGAGAUAAAAUACAUGACGAAAUCGGAGAGUUGUGGAGAGACCACUGCCCUUGGAAUACGUUUUUUUAACAAUAGUAUCACAAUUACCGUUCUUGGAAACGAUUGGGUAGUUCCAUCCUUUGUGGCUGAUGAAGAAUGGCAUAAUGUGUGUAUGACCUGGCUUUCACUUGGCGGGUACCUGAAAGUUUUCGUUAAUGGUCUGAAACGGAUCAGCAGUUAUGAGGCUGCUAUUGAUAGCCUUGUGAUUCUAGGGGGUGGUCGCCUUAUUAUCAGCUGCCCGGAUGUAAGCAAUUCAUCACAAGAAGCAGGUGUGGGUCGUGUCAGUAGUGUCAACAUCUGGAAAAAUGUGAUUGAAGAAGACGAGAUCUAUCGGAUGUCCUUGGGCUGCAAGAGGAGAGACGGAGAUCUACAGUCGUGGGGAACCAUGCUUGAUGGACUUCAAGGGAAUGCUUAUGUUUAUUAUGACACCUCAUCCUGCCGAGAUCGGACUGAUAUUUGCCUGUGGAAAACAGAAAGUGGACAAUGCUGUGCUUUUCCCUUCUCUUAUGGUAACGACACCCACUCAUCUUGCAUCACGACACCAGACAGGCCAAAACCAUGGUGCUCUUUAAACUGGGUUUACGACUUAGAAUACGUGGAAUGGGGCUACUGCAAAGAUUAUUGUGGACUUGAUCGAGAGCUGUGUAGGUGGGAAGUUGAAGAUGGUGACACUACCUGGCAAAUCGUCAGUCAGGAGCAAGCCAAGAACUUGAAAAAACAAUUCACAUCAGUGUCGACUGCCAAAGAUGAGUCAUAUCAGGGUAAGUCCACUAAGCGAAUUAAUGAAAAUGGAGCCCAUUGGAAUGGGAUAAUCCAUUUUAUCGGGAAAGAAAAUCAAAUACCAAUGUGA